AUGCGGCGCAACCAGCGCAUCGUGGUGUUGUGUCUGGGCUGCGGCUUUUGCUUGCUUCUGUACGCCUUCAGCCAGCUCGCCGUGUCACUGGAAGAAGGAGCNNAUAUUUGUAAAAGAGUGGUGAGCUGCAUUUCACCGUAUUUGCGUGAAUAAGGGAAGACUGGCAGAGGAGCAUCAACCCUAGGGACCUCUAGGACUGGUAGGUGUAAAGAUUUCUCUGUGUGUUACGGGAAUCCCUAUUGGAUGCUGCCCUCUGAUGUUUGUGGAAUGAACUGCUUUUGGGAAGCUGCUUUUAGGUAUAGUUUGAAGAUGCAGCCCAUUGAGAGAAUACACCUAGCUGUAGUUGCCUGUGGAGAAAGACUGGAAGAAUCCAUAACUAUGUUGAAGUCAGCUAUAAUUUUCAGCAUCAGACCUCUCCAUUUCCAUAUUUUUGCUGAAGAUCAACUGCAUGACAGCUUUAAAACUAUACUUGAUAGCUGGUUAUUUCUACAAACAUUUAGUUACACCUUAUACCCAAUAACCUUUCCAAGUGAGAAUGCAGCAGAGUGGAAAAAACUCUUUAAACCAUGUGCAUCCCAGAGAUUAUUCUUGCCAUUAAUCCUGAAAGAAGUUGACUCACUAUUGUAUGUCGACACUGAUGUCCUUUUUUUACGACCCAUUGAUGAUAUUUGGUCUUUACUAAAGAAAUUUAAUUCCACUCAAAUUGCUGCUAUGGCACCAGAGCACGAAGAGCCUCGGAUAGGAUGGUAUAAUCGCUUUGCCAGACACCCAUACUAUGGUAAAACUGGAAUAAAUUCUGGAGUGAUGCUAAUGAACAUGACUCGAAUGAGAAGGAAGUAUUUCAAGAAUGAUAUGACAACUGCACGACUACGAUGGGGAGAUAUGCUUUUGCCAUUACUGAAAAAAUACAAGUUAAACAUCACAUGGGGUGACCAAGAUUUAUUGAAUAUCAUAUUUUUUCAUAAUCCAGAAAGCCUCUUUGUUUUUCCAUGUCAUUGGAAUUAUCGACCAGAUCAUUGUAUAUAUGGAAGCAAUUGCCAAGAAGCAGAAGAAGAAGGAAUCUUUAUUCUUCAUGGAAAUAGAGGUGUUUACCAUGAUGAGAAGCAGCCAGCAUUUAGAGCUGUUUAUGAAGCACUCAGAAGUUGUUCUUUUGAAGAUGGCAAGCUUCAUUCUUUAUUAAAACCUUUAGAACUGGAACUACAAAAGACAGUGCAUACAUACUGUGGAAAAAUCUACAAAAUAUUUAUCAAACAGCUAGUGAAAAGUGUAAAAGACCAUUAUGACAGACCACCAAAGAAAAGUUGA